AUGGUUCCAUUAAAAGGUGUCUUUGUGGGUUUCUUGGUCUUACUAGGCUUAAGCUUCAGUUUUGCUCAUAGGGUUCUUCUGGACGCCACUUCUAAUGAAGGUUCACUAUCCAUUAUUGGUGGUGGAGGCGCAGGUAAUGACCCAGCAAUGCCACGUCCAAAUGGUGGUGGAGGUGGCUUAGGAUUCGGAAGCAGAUUUGGCCAUGUCCCAACAAAACCUACUCUCCCCGUAUAUCCCUAUGUUGGUGGAGGAGGAGGUGGAGGCGGCGGAGGUGGAGGCAACAGUGGUGGGAAUGAUAACUAUGUCCCAGAGACACCAAAUCCAAUUGGCGGUGGAGGUGGAGGCGGUGGAGGUGGAGGCAACGGUGGUGGGGAUGAUUAUGUCCCUAGUCCAAAUGGCGGUAGAGGUGGAGGCAGUGGCGGCGAAGGUGGAGGCGGCAGAGGUGGAGGCGGUGGAGGUGGUGGCAACGGUGGUGGGGAUGAUUAUGUCCCAAGUCCAAAUGGCGGUGGAGGUGGAGGCAGUGGCGGAGGAGGUGCAGGAGGCAGAGGUGGAGGCAAUGGUGGUGGGGAUGAUGAUGUCCCAGUGACACCUAGUCCAAAAGGCGGUGGAGGUGGAGGCGGAGGCGGUGGAGGUGGAGGCAAUGGUGGUGGGGAUGAUGAUAUCCCAGUGACACCUAGUCCAAAUGGGGGUGGAGAUGGAAGCGGAGGCGGCGGAGGUGGAGGCGGCAGAGGUGGAGGCAACGGUGGUGGGAAUGGUAAUGUCCCAAUGACACCUAGUCCAAAUGGAGGCGGAGGCGGAGGUGGAGGAGGAGGUGGAGGCAGUGGCAGCGGUGGUGGAACGGGUAGUUAUAAUGUCCCAAUUGGUGGUAGAGGUGGUGGUGGAGGUGAAGGCGGAGGUGGAGGCAACGGCGGUGGAAAGGGUAAUUAUAAUGUUCCAAUUGGUGGUAGAGGUGGUGGGGGAGGUGGAGGCGGAGGUGGAGGCAGCGGCGGUGGAACGGGUAGUUAUAAUGUCCCAAUUGGUGGUGGAGGUAGCGGAGGGGGUGGAGGCGGUGGAGGCUGGGUUGGAAUUACUCCACCCUUCGGGGGUUGUUAUUGUCCUCCAGAAUGUAUCCCUGGGAGUUGGAAAGCAAGAGCACUGCAUCAUAAAAAUUCAUUAAAGAUGGACCCACGAGUUAGAGCUCCAUGA